GUUAUCAACAACAACAACAACACAAAAAAAAAGGCGUGAACUUUUAAAAUUUUAUUCAUUCAUUUUAAUUUCAAUCUUUUCAUUAUCACAUUUAUCAUUAUUAACACAUGAGUUAUCUAUAAUAUUUUAAAGGAAUAUGUGCGAGAUAGAUACAAAUAGAUAGAAAAUAGAUGCACAUAGAUACUACUGAAUUGAAUCGAUUUUUUGCACUAUUCUCUUCCUUUUUUUUUGGUUGUUCUUUUGAUUAUUGGAUAAUAGAUGAGAAUAUUUGCACAUAGAAACACAUAAAUUGAUUAUUACUAUUAGUUGAAUGAAUCAUGUGGAUUAUGAAUACAUUUUGUCAAUCUUUUGUCUAUAUUACUAUUUAUCAUGAUUUAUUUAUUAUACUAUUGUAUACAUUGUUAUUUAAUUGUAUUCAUGCUACCAUAGAUCAUUCACAUAUAUUAAAUGCUAAAUCUUAUUCUGAUAUAAAUUGGGAAAAUGAUUAUAAAAGAUCUCAUUUAUGGUCACCUAAAACACCAUUAAAUGUAUGGCCUGAUUUUAAAUUAAUACAACAAUGUGAUACAUUGAAUUUUGAAACAUUACGAUUUCAUUUUAAUCAAUCUAUGAAUGAUAAAGAUCUAUUUGAAUGGACUAGUAUUAGUUUAUUUAAUUCGAAUAGAUUAAAACGUGGUUAUAUACUACUUGGUGGAUCUUAUAAACAUCAAUCAUUCAAUAAUAAUGAUAAUGUAUCCCCUAGAUAUAAUAGUCAAAUGAUUUUAUGUUAUUUAAAUUGGAAAUCCGAUUAUGAAACAUUAUUAGGUUUUGGUUUUAAUACAAAUUCAUGUAUACCAUUAUUACAAUCAAAUUCAAUGAAUAGUAAUAAUAAUCAUGAAUAUCUUGGUGCAACAAGUCAAUCAUUAAAAAUUACACAAGAUUUAAGUGUAUUUAUAUAUUGUGAUCCAUUAUGGAGAGCUAAUUCUUUAGUACCAAUUGGUAGAUGUUAUUUACAUCUUAUCAAUAAUGGAGUUAUUCAAUCCAGUAUAGAAUUAGCUGAAUUUUGUCAAACUAAUUUAAAAGUAUUUACACCAUGUGCUGCUGGUCAUAGUAUUGCAUUAACAUAUAACAAUAAUAAUCAUAAUGAUAAUCAUGAUAAUAAUAAUCAUGAUCAAUUAUCUAAAUCAAUAAAUGAUCUAUUAUCGAAUAUUCAAUUAUGGAUUGGUCAACCAUUAUCUACACCAUAUGGACGUAUACAAAUUUUAACUAAUUUAUAUAAUACAAUGAAAGUAACAACAAUUAAUAGACCAGAAUCAAAUGAAUAUAGAACAAUUGGUUCAUUAUUUGGUUAUGCAUUAACUGAUGGUUUUGUCACAGCACCAGGAUUAUUUACAUAUGACCAAUAUAAUAGGAAUAAUACUAAUACAAAUAUUAAUCAUUUAUUUGGUAUACAUUAUACUAAAUCCUAUAGAGAUAAUAUUAAUGGAUUUUAUGAUCAUAUUGAUUGGUAUCCAGAAAUCAAUCAUACUAAUCCAUUCAAUGGUAAUGGUAUCUCUGUACUACGUGUUAAUAUAAAAGGAUCAUAUCUUAAAAGUGUUAUAAUUGGUGCACCAUAUACUAAAAAUACGAAUAUCAAUACUAAUACUAAUCAUACUAAAAUAGAUCCUAUUCAAUCAACCAAUUAUAAUAUUGGACGAAUUUAUUUAUUAUGUCAAUUAGAUUCAUAUGAAACAUCAACUACAAUAAUGGAUUAUUUAGAUGGUCCAAUAGAUUCAAGACAUUUCGGUUUUUCAUUAACAAAUCUUGGUGAUUAUGAUGGAGAUGGUAAUGAUGAUAUUGGAGUUGGUGCACCAUAUUUAAAAACAAAUACUACUUAUUUUAGUUAUAUUUAUUUUAUACGUUUAUUAUCCAAUUGUAAAUUUGAUAGAAUACCAUUACAUAUAUUAAAAAGUCCAGCAUAUGCUUAUGAUUAUGGUGCUUAUUUACCAUCGUAUACUGAAGAUUUAGAUUUUAAUGGUAUGAAUGAUUUAGUAGUACCAAUCUCUUCUUCUUCUUCUUCUUCUUCUUCUUCUAUAAAACAAAAUAUCUUAACAGAUCAAUCGAUUUUAGUUUAUGCAACACGUGAUCAAUGGAUUGCUGAUUGUCAUUAUUUAUUUCCACCAUGGUUAACUAUAAGAAAUUUAUACAAAAAUGAUAUAAUACCAAUACAAAUUAUCAUUUAUUUUAAUCAUUUUAAAUAUCGAUUAUUGAAAUCUAAUCAAAUCAAUAAAAAAUUAAUCAAUUCAUUACAAUUAGAUCAAUUAAUUCAUCAAAUUAAUCCUGAUUGGAAUGUAACCAAUAUAAAUGAACAACGUUUUCAUUUAAUCAAUUCCAUUCAAUCUCAUAUCGAAUUGAAACAAAAUCAAUUAAUUAUUGAUUUUAAUCUACAAGCUAAUAUGAAUAUUGAAGAGAUUAAUGAUUUAGAAUCAAUCAAUGGAGGUAUUUAUAUUGGUUAUCGAUUUUUACAACCAUGUUAUUUUAAUCAUGAUGUAAUCAAUCAAAAUGGUACUUGUUUAAAUGGAAGUUGGUUAAAACGUCCAUAUAUUGAUUGGUCAAAAUGUAUUCAUAAAUUACCAUUAACACGUUAUAUUUGUUAUCCAUAUCCAAUAUGUGAAAGUGAUAUAAUGUUAUAUGUAAAAGAUAUAAAAUCCAAUAAAUUGAUUAGUUUUCCAUAUAAAAAUAAAUCAAUAACUGAAUUCAAUCAAAAUGAUAUAAUCAAUGAACCAAUGACAAUGAAUAUUGAUAUAGAAUAUGGGAAUAAAAAUAGUUCUAGACAACAAAUACAAAUAGAAUUAUAUAAUUUAGGACCAACUCAAUCAAAAGGUACAAGAAUGGAAUUACAAUUUUAUGGAAAUUUAAAAUUUUCCCAUCUUGAAUUAGAAAUUGAUACUGUAACUAUAGAUAAUAAUAAUAUGACUAAACGUUAUACAGAAACAAUCAUGGUUGAUGUAUCAGAAAAUGAAACAUGGGUUAAUUGUCCUAUUGGUACAUUAUUACCAUUAUUAUCAUCAUCAUCCAUGAAUGAAACUAAUGAAAUAAUACAACCGAAUCAACGUUUUCUAUUAUCCACAUAUUAUGAUCAAUUUAUGUUAGAUCAAGUAGAUUUUCAAUUAGGUGCUGGAAUUACAAUUCAUGUAAUUACUGGUACAUUAGAUCCUCAACCAUUGAAUAAUAUUGUCCGUAUUAAUUAUCAUGUUAUACAUCGACCAAAUAUACGUAUAUCAUAUGGUCCUGGUAAUAUACCAAGUAAAAUGGAUAAUCGUACAAUUCCUUUAAAUGUAUUAUUGAAUCAACAAAAACAACGUAUUAUUGUAUCAGAAAUUGGUCCAAAAGUUGAACAUAUUAUACAAAUUGAAUAUAUGGGACCAUCAAAUCAAUUGAAUAAUGUUACUAUGAAUCUAUUAGUACCUAUUGAAUUAGAUACAAUGAAUAAAAAUGAUAAUAAACCACAAUAUAUAUUAUAUAUGUUUAAUGAAAUACGUUCAUCAUUAUAUAAUGAUAAUAAUAACAAUAUCCUUGAAUGGAUGGAUUCACGACCUAAAAUCUACUCUAUGAGUAAACAUAAUGAUAAUAAUGAUACAAAUGAUAAUGAUGAUAUAAGUAAAGUUGGAAAUUGUAUGAUAGUAAAUAGUGAAAAAGUAGUUAAUCCACGUGAAUUCAUUCCAAUGGAUGUGAAUACAAUUUAUUCACGAAAACGUCGUAAUGUUUUAACAAAAACUCAAGAAGAUGAAAUAAAUAUGGAAAAAUCUCUCAUUGAUAAUGGAAAUGAAUCAUUUUCAGCAGAAUCUAUUGAAACAGUACAGUCAUCGUCAUCGUCGUCAUCAACUCCGAAAAUUCCUGUCAUACAAUUUCGACGAUUACAAAAAGAGGUAUUUGAAUGUAAUCGUGUCGGGAAUCGAAUUCAAAAACCACCAAUUUGUGCAGAGAUUAUUUGUCAUGUUGAUGAAUUAGUGAAAAAUCGUCCUGUUUUAAUUAAAGUUACUGGAUGGUUAUGGGCACGUACUCUGUUCGCGAAACAUAUAUCAGAUGUUGAUCUUGUCACAAUCAUAUCUGUCAAUCAAGGUGAUAUACCAAAAGGUGUACAACCAGCUAAUGAACCAGUUGGACAUUUUUAUUUAUCACAAACAUUUUUCUUUCCACAAAUUCGUCCAAAAUUAAUUCAUCAAUUACCAAUAUGGCCAAUUAUUGUUGGUAUUGUAUUAGGUGUAUUAUUUUUAUAUUUAUUAAUUAUUUUAUUAUAUUUAUUAGGAUUCUUUCGUCGACGUAAAACUGAAUUACGUAAAGCAAUGCUUAGUAAAGGUGGAGCUGAAGAUACCUAUAAACGUGAACAAACUGAAUUAUUAUUAAAUGAUCAAAUCAAAUCAAAACAACAACCGAUGACAACAGGAAAUGUCAAUAAUAAUAAUAAUUAUCAAUAUGUUGAUGGUUAUACAAAAGCGACACCAACCCCACCACCACCACCAUCUAUAAUGAAUAAAAAAAGUAAAAAAUUAAAAAAGAAACAUAAACGUGAAUUGAAUAUUUUACAUCCUGGUGAUUUAUCACCAUCCCGUACAUUAAUUAAUACUCAUCAAGAUCAUGAUCAUGAUCGGGAUCAUCACCAUGGUAAUGAUGAUGAUGAUGAUCAACAACAAAAUAAAGAUGAAUUUGAAAAACAAAAUUUAAUCACAAAUUCUACUUCGUCUCAAUAAAAUAUGUUUAAGAAAAAAAAGCAAAAGUAAUAGGUUAAAAGCCUUGAUGAUGUGUAUUUUAUUUAAUCAUUUGUCAUUGCUUCUUCUUUUAUGAAUGUUUGUAUUCGUGUGUGUAUGCAUGUGUGCGUGUGGGAGCGAGAGAGAGACAGAGUCAGUAUAUGUGUAGAGACGUUAAAUAACCAUAGUUACCAGUUUAUGGUUUGUCUUCCUUUUGUUUUUGUUUUUUUUGGUGUUUUUUUUCUCUCUUUCAAAAAAAAUUUCAUUUAAAGUGUAUAAAUCUAUAUUUUAUUUAAUUCUUUGGAUUGAUUGUGAUACACCUCUGUCUCUCUUGAUCUCUCUCAGUCGGCUUAUUGUCUACACAUCUACUACUUACUAUAUAUGCAUAAAUAAAGAUUUCAUUUCAGUCUUUUGUUGAGUUUGAUUUAAUGUCGAUAUUACGUGGAUUGUCUGUCUGUUGUUUGACUGACUGACUGACUGACUGAUUUGACAAACUUAGUACUUUGCUUGACUUCAGUUAUUCUCCUGUUGUUGAUAGUUCUAUUUAUUUUCGUUUUUGUCUCUUUUUUUCAUGGUAAGAUAUAUUUAUCCACUGGUAUUAAUCUCUUUCUCUCUCUCUUUCAUACACACACACACACACUCUAUAGAGUUGGAAAUAGGUGCCAGUGAGUGAGAUGAUGAACAUGAAGAGAAUGAAAGAGAUCCGCUAUUUGUUGUUCUAUUUUGUUCAAAUUAGCUUUUUAGCUUAGUUUAUUAUUAUUAUUUCAAGUAACAUAAUAAAUACAAUUGAUAGUAACAAUAACAGCAUGAUGAAUUAGGAAGAAGAAGAAGAAGCGGGAGAAGAUGGUGAUGAUGAGAAGGAAGAAGAAGAAGAAACAACAUCAUGAUACCAACAAUUGUCAUAUGGUUUUUUGUUUAAAAGUCAAUUAUUAUCAAACUUAUUCUUAUUUAUGAUUAGAAACGAUUGUUCAUUUAUAUCUAUUACAUAAUAAAAUUAGUUACUAUGGAGAAAGAAUAUAGAUAUACAGAUAGAUACAUACAUAAAUAGAUGGACAAACACACACACACACAUCCAUACAUACACAACACAUCAGUGUUUAUAUUUUAUAAAAUUGUUGUUAUGCAAAAUGUUCUACAAUUAUUGAUCAUAUUUAUGAUUAAAAAAACAGUUUGUAGUUGGGUAAUGUUUACUAUCUCUAUUUAAUUAUUUUCUAUGAGAAUAAAAUGAAAUGAAAUAUGUUCUAAUGAACUUUUGAUUUAUAUUAUAUUUCAAUGGUUAAGAUCAUGAGUUAGUUGAAGCUAGACCACUAUGGAAAACCUGGAAGCACUGGACGGCCGUUCUGUCCUAUUGUGGAACUCUUCAGCAGUGCACCCCUUGCGAGAUUCGAACCCAGGACCUACUGGUUUCGCGCACAAGCACUUAACCACUAGUGAUCUAGCCUCAACUGACUAAUGAUCUUAACCACUGAAAUGACUAUAUCCACAAAACUCAUCUGAUAUUAUAUUAUUUGUAAUUCGUUUUGAUUUCUUGUAAGAAAUAACUAACGAUGAUCCUAAUAUAAAUAGUUGAGAUUAUGAAUCAGUUGAAGUUAGACCAUCAUGGUAAACCUAAAAACAAUAGACAGUUGUUUCGUCCCAUUGUGGGACUCUUCAGUAGUGUACAUCCAAGAUACCAUCUCGUGAGAUUCAAAUCACAGGACCUAUUAGUCUCGCGUGCAAGCGCUUAACCACUAGACUAUCUUUAUUUAUUUAGGAAAAAUAUUUUUCAUUUAUAUGGAGUUCUAUAGGUUAUAUUGGUCAAAGGCUAAUAUCAGCUAGGGGGUACCAGUGAAAAUUAGAAACUACUGAACAGCUACUAGUAUUUGACCACAGAUGCCUUAGAAAUAUUGCUGGCGCCUGCUGGGACCACCGAGUAAGUAAUAGUGAGGUUAGACGCAGGGUAUUAGAGAAUGAUGGUAGAUCAGUUGAUGAGGUUGUGAAUCAUCAUCGACUGAGAUGGUUGGGCCACGUGUUACUUAUGCCUGAACACCGACUACCACGACGUGC